CAGAGCUGGUGGAGCCAGGCUGCGGUGGUAGCAGACGGGCAAGUCAGCUGACUUUCAGAGAACUUCAGGGCAGGACGGGGUGGGGGAGGAGGGCUGCCCGGGCAGGCAGGUGCUUUGUUUGUUUUAAUGGGAGGAACUUGAGCAUGUUGCCAAGGGCGGAGAGCCAGCAGAGGGUAAAUGGUCGAGACAGAGGCGAGGAGAGCGUUGCUGGUGAAGCCGAACCCUGGAGGAGAGAAGGAUGGAUUCCAGAGCCCCGCUCCUGGGGCUGGCCUUGAAGGAAAGGAGGGCUGCGCUGUCUCCCCCUGGAGGGAGGGAGAACCUGAAAGCAGAUCCAGAAGAGCUUUUUACAAAACUAGAGAAGAUUGGCAAGGGCUCUUUUGGAGAGGUGUUCAAAGGCAUUGACAAUCGGACUCAGAAAGUGGUUGCCAUAAAAAUCAUUGAUCUGGAAGAAGCUGAGGAUGAGAUAGAGGACAUUCAACAAGAAAUCACAGUGCUGAGUCAGUGUGACAGUCCAUACGUAACCAAAUAUUAUGGAUCCUAUCUGAAGGAUACAAAAUUAUGGAUAAUAAUGGAAUACCUUGGUGGCGGCUCUGCACUAGAUCUAUUAGAACCUGGCCCCUUAGACGAAACUCAGAUUGCUACUAUAUUAAGAGAAAUACUGAAAGGACUUGAUUACCUCCACUCGGAGAAGAAAAUCCAUCGAGACAUCAAAGCUGCCAAUGUCCUGCUGUCUGAGCAUGGCGAGGUGAAACUGGCUGACUUUGGCGUGGCGGGCCAGCUGACGGACACCCAGAUCAAAAGGAACACCUUCGUGGGCACCCCUUUCUGGAUGGCGCCCGAGGUCAUCAAGCAGUCAGCCUAUGACUCGAAGGCAGACAUCUGGUCCCUGGGCAUAACAGCCAUAGAGCUGGCAAAAGGGGAGCCGCCUCAUUCCGAGCUACACCCCAUGAAGGUCUUAUUCCUCAUUCCAAAGAACAACCCCCCGACGCUGGAAGGAAACUACAGUAAACCCCUCAAGGAGUUCGUGGAGGCCUGCUUGAACAAGGAGCCGAGCUUUAGACCCACUGCUAAGGAACUGCUGAAGCACAAGUUCAUCAUACGCAAUGCAAAGAAGACCUCCUACUUGACGGAGCUCAUCGACAGGUACAAGAGGUGGAAGGCCGAGCAGAGCCACGACGACUCGAGCUCCGAGGACUCCGACGCGGAAACAGAUGGCCAAGCAUCUGGAGGCAGCGACUCUGGGGACUGGAUCUUCACAAUCCGGGAAAAAGAUCCCAAGAAUCUGGAGAAUGGAGCUCUUCAACCGUCGGAAUUGGAAAGAAAUAAGAUGAAAGACAUCCCAAAGAGGCCUUUCUCUCAGUGUUUAUCUACAAUUAUUUCUCCGAUGUUUGCAGAGCUGAAGGAGAAGAGCCAGGCGUGUGGAGGGAACUUGGGGUCCAUCGAAGAGCUGCGAGGCGCCAUCUACCUGGCGGAGGAGGCGUGCCCCGGCAUCUCCGACACCAUGGUGGCCCAGCUUGUGCAGCGGCUCCAGAGAUACUCUCUGAGUGGAGGGCCCUCAUCCCACUGAGAUUCCUUCGGCACUGGGGGUUUUACUUUUCUCUCUUCUUCUACAUCCUCCUCCUUUUUAAAAGUCAACGAGAGCCUUUGCUGACUCCACUGAAGAGGCGCGCCGUCGAGGGGCCCCGGCGCCAGGGGCGCCCGCCCAAGGACACACACGGUCCUCCCCGGGCCGCAGCCAGAUGAAGUCUCUCGGAUGGGGUGGGAGGGUCAGCUCCCUCAAGCGGCCAUUUUGUUUUAUUAUCCUUGUUGUUAAUUUUAGCCAUAAUGCACAUAUUCAAGGAAAGUGUCUUUAAAAACGCAAACCAACCCUGAAAUGUAUAUUUGGGAUUAUGAUAAGGCAACUAAAGACAUGAAACCUCAGGUAUCCUGCUUUAAGUUGAUCACUCCCUCUGGGAGAUGGAGGGUCGUGCUGGUGGAUCGGUGUACAGAUUGUAUAUAGCGUCAUUUUUACGGAAACCCUUUCGGCGUGCUUAAGGAAUCACUGUGUACACAUUGGCCAAGUGCUUCUGUAGAUAAUGUCAGUGGAGUAAAUAUUUGACAGGCCAUAACUUGAGUCUAUUGCCUUGCCUUUACUACAUGUAAAUUUUGAAUUCUGUGACCAGUGAUUUGGGUUUUAUUUUGUAUUUGCAGGGUUUGUCAUUAAUAAUAAUCAGUGCCCCUCUCACGGAACACUCCUACUGGUACCUCAGCAAACGCGAAUUUUCCUCUCGUCUGCCCUAGGACCCUUUUGGUACACUUAGAAGUUGAUUUCUUUUUUCGUCGAUGGUACUCUCUUAGUGUUUUCAGUCGGAACAUAUCUCGCCUCACGAAGCUUUAAAUCAUGACUUCGUUCCCCGACGAAGCGCCCUCGUCCCACAGUCGUCGGAGUCGUGCCGCCGCCGGUCUGCGCCAGGUGUCCCGUCCUUUCCCGUACGAUUUUCUGUUGCACCUUGUAGUGGAAUCUGCAUAUCCUCUUUCCCACCUACAGAUGUCUGAAUGCUUACACGAAUAAAUUUUAUAACACACUUA